AUGGUUGCUCAGCCACCAAGCACUGCGGCCAGACAAGAGUCAGCCCCACAACCAUCCGGGCAAAGACCUACGCCCACAGCAUGUGUCGAAGUCAAGGAGUUGCUUGAGAGGCAGGAUGAUACCACCCGGAUCACCAUUACUCAGACACUCCCCCGGACCUUGAGCACCCGAACCGCAACUGUGACACUUCACGGUGGUAUUCCAACAGAGCCGCCUCCACGUUCAUCCGAAGGCAUCAGCAACCAGCAGCUUGGGGCAAUCAUCGGCGAUGAAGACUUUGUGGACGACAAAUUUCCGCCACCUUCUCCAGAUUCUGGGCCUCCAAGACCCCCUCCCACAUACUCGAGACCCCCACCAGGUCCGAUACAUUCCAGGACAUCGCCUACUUCGGAGAAUCCCAAGUCACCUACGUCUUCAGGCCCAGGGCAUAUACCUCAUCCUCCAACAGCUCCAGUGUCAACAAAAUAUCCUUCCAGAGGUGCUCCUACGGCAGGCAGCCAGAGGCCGUCGACAAACCACUCAGCAUCAUGGGUGCCACCAUCCAUCGACAGAUCUGGCGCCUAUCCAGCUCAAUCACAGCCUAACUUUACGCUCCCCUCCAGGUCAAGGCCUCCUUCCACUUUUCAGUCUGGUCCGUUGAAUUACGGCGUCACGGCGACGCCCCGAGGCGGACCAUUGAGAACAGGCACUGCUCCCACACCCGCGCCCAGCGUUUAUAUUCCAAUCCCACCUCCACCUCAUCGUCCCAAGAUUAUCACAGCUGAUCCGAAAAGGAAAUCGGGAUCCUCGAGCAAAACCAAACAUGCGCCUGGCUUUCCUGGUCACGGUCGUCCGGGAAUGAUUUCAUCCAUUGGCAACACCCCUCGAGUUACGACAUCUUUUCAACAACCUCCAACACCGGUACUGCCGGCACCCUUCAGCGGGCUACACGGGGAGAAAAAGACGGUCAAGUUUCCUGACGUCCUGGAAGAGUCAAUUCCCGAACUCCCCAUCGAGUCUGACCCACCAUCACCCGAGCGUGAGAAAGGGAGCAAAAAGUCAACACCAACUCCACCAUCACCGGAACAAAAUCAUCAUUCGAAUGGCAGGGGAAACUCCACUUCUCCUGAGCCCCAAAAUGACGAUCACCCUAAUUUUCCAGAGGAGACGGCUGAGUCAACACCCAAGUCCGAGGUCGCAGAUGAGGCCAACGGUCAGACAAGCGCUCCCGUCGAAUCUCCAUCGGGCAUGAAAAGCCCUGCUACUGGUUCACAGUCAAGAGUCCCAUCGCCUGAAAUUAUCAACGUCGACCAAGAGCCCCCAUUGGAAGGGUUGGCUGAACCUGUAUCCAAAUCUGACGAUGCUGAGAAGGUCAACGCUCAGCCAAGCACCCCAGCAAGUCCCCGAUCAGGAUCACAGAAUCCUCCCUCUGGUGCCCAUCCGAUAACUCAAUCGCCUACAGUCGUUAACGUCAACCCUGAACCUCCGCUCCACCAGGACUCGGGAUCAGUGAAACACACUGUGAAGCAUAGCAAGCCUAGAGCCCCCAACACUCUCAAAAGUUUCCUCGAGGGUAAACCAAGAAGCCGAAGGUCCAGCUUCAGCGUCGCAAGUCACGCACAAACAGGCAAGAGUUACACCCGCCAGGCUCCUGUGACUUACUCCUCUUAUUCGCAUUUCCAGCCGCCUCCAGCUCCGCCAACGACCCCAUUUCGACGCGCACCACCUCUCCCUAGUGAUAGUUAUUACUACGGCCGGGAAGACAUCCCGCAUAAUCCUCCUCCUCCUCCAUCAACUCACGCGGCAGAGGUGAUUAUGACUGAACACGCCGAGUUGCCUCAACCAACGCCCGUUCGGGCCGCUGGUCGAGAAGGGCGCCAGAGGAACAAGAAAAAGAACAAGAACAAGGCCACGUUUACGAUCACGACUAGAGCACUUAUUUACUUUUCCGGGAGGGAGGGCGAGAAAGACAAUAGGAAACGGUCGCCGAGUCGGCGAAGACAAUAUGAAAAGGAUGGCUAG